AUGGAGGAGGUCAGUGAUGGAGGAGGUCCAGUGAAGGAGGAGGUCAGUGAAGAUGGAGGAGGUCCAAAGGAGCCGCUGGACGCCAUCUUGAGGCGUCUGCAGGAGGACGUGGUGACUUUUGUCAAAGAGCAGCUGCAGAGGAUCCAAAGGCUCCUGGCCUCAGAUUACCCAGAAUGCUCUGAAAGUGAGGUGCAGAGCAGAGAGGUUCUGAACAUCGCCCUGGACUUCCUGAGGAGGAUGAAGCAGGAUGAGCUGGUCCAGCGCCUGCAGAGCAGAAGCACUGUUGGAGUUUGUAGAGAUGAACUGAAGAAGCAGCUGCAGCAGAAGUUCAGCCGUGUGUUUGAGGGCGUGGCUAAAGCAGGAGACUCCGCCCCCCUGACCCAGAUCUACACAGAGCUCUACAUCACAGAGGGCGGGGCCUCAGAGGUCAACCAGGAACAUGAGACCUUCUACAGCUCUGGACACAACCUGCUGAAGACACCGCAGUCCUCUGAGAACCUGCUGAAGACACCACAGUCCUCUGAGAACCUGCUGAAGACACCACAGUCCUCUGAGAACCUGCUGAAGACACCACAGUCCUCUGAGAACCUGCUGAAGACACCGCAGUCCUCUGAGAACCUGCUGAAGACACCACAGUCCGCUGAGAACCUGCUGAAGACACCGCAGUCCUCUGAGAACCUGCUGAAGACACCACAGUCCGCUGAGAACCUGCUGAAGACACCGCAGUCCUCUGAGAACCUGCUGAAGACACCACAGUCCUCUGAGAACCUGCUGAAGACACCACAGUCCUCUGAGAACCUGCUGAAGACACCGCAGUCCGCUGAGAACCUGCUGAAGACACCGCAGUCCUCUGAGUCUGUGAGAACCUUCUACCGCUGUGCUGUGGACCAGGCCUUACAGAGUCCAAACGGACACCUGGACCUGUUCCUGCGCUUCCUCCUGGGGCUGUCUCUGCCGACCAAUCAGAGGCUGCUGUCAGACUCAGACCUGCAGGACUUUGACCUGAGGAAAUACCCGGCCUCAGAGACCGCUCUCCUGGGUCUGCUGCCGGUGGUCAGAGCCUCCACCAAAGCCCUGUUGAGGGACAGUGGACUGUCCCCUCACAGCUGUGGUCCUCUGGCCUCAGUCCUCAGCUCCUCCAGUCUCACACACCUGGAUCUGAGUAACAACGACCUCCAGGACUCAGGAGUAGAGCUGCUGUGUUCUGGACUGACGAGCGCCCCCUGUGGACUGCACACUCUCAGGCUGUCUGGAUGUCUGAUCUCAGAGAGGGGCGGGGCUGCUCUGGCCUCAGCUCUAAGCCCCGCCCCCUCCCAUCUGAGAGAGUUGGACCUGAGCUACAACCAUCCAGGAGGUUCAUCAGAGCUGCUGAAGGCUCUACAGGACGACCCACACUGCCCCCUGCAGGAACUCAGGUUGGAUCCUGCUGGAGAACAGUGGAUGGUUCCAGGUCUGAGGAAGUAUUCCUGUGAGUUUUCUCUGGAUCCAAACUCGGCUCACAGAAUCCUCAAACUGUCUGAGGACAAACGGACAGUGACCAGAGGGACAGAGGAGCAGCAGUGUCCAGGGCAUCAGGACAGAUUUACAGACCAGCCACAGGUCCUGAGCAGCACUGGCCUGAGGGGGCGCUGUUACUGGGAGGUGACCUGGACCAGGAGGAGCUGGGAGGAGGUCAUUGAGAUCGCAGUCGAGUGUCUGUGUUCCUGGACUCUGAGGCUGGAUCUCUGUCCUUCUAUCAUGUCCUCUCUGAUGGAGAACUGUCCCACCUCCACACCUUCACCUCCUCCUUCUCUGAGCCUGUGUUCCCUGGGUUUGGACUUGGGUCUGAAGGUUGCUCUGUGUCUGUGGUGGAUCUGA